AUGGUUAAACAAAAGAAAAAUAAACUGAAUGAGCAUACUGAUGCAGAAAUGACAUCAGAGUCUCAGGUCGAACAAUCUACCCAUAUUUCUGUCGAAUUACUAGAAAAUUUAAUUAUGAAUGAUAAUUUAGUAACUGAUGUUCCGAGUGAUAGUAAAACUGAGGAGUUGCCAAAACAGACUAACAGUCCUGCAUUCAACCAGUUAGGAAUUAAUGACAAUAUUUGUUCUGGGCAAGGGGCAGAAGUUAGCAAUGCUCAAGCUAUGUCCAUACAGGAUAUGCUAACAGCAUUUUUUGAAAAGUUUACUAUUAAAGAGCAGGGGUGUGAAAGACAACGUCAGCAGGAAAAGGAAAAACGUAGACAGGAAAAGCUUAUAGAAAAACAGCAACAGGAGCUCAGGGACCAAGAAAAGGAAAAGAAAUUUAUGGAAAAUAUAAACAAUAUUUUUCUGGAAAGAGAUAAAGAAAUUGUCCGUAAGAUAAAUCAAGUGUUGGUCGAUCGUGAUAAUGCUAUUACUACCCAUUUAAAGCAGGAGAUCGAUGCAGUAAAAUCCACUAUUGAACCGUUAACAAACAUUCCAGUUCAGGUCAAUAGUCUUCAAACUGAAGUAGAUAGACUACAGAACCAAUUCAAAGCCUUGGUUACCACUGUGGAAACAAUGCAGGAGGACAUUCCCUCAGAAAUCAGAAAGCAAGUCCGAACAGAAGUAGCCAGGGUGCUGAGCUCUGAAAAUCAAAACUUUGAAAAUCCGACAGUAUGCAGUAAUGACAACACUGGCACUGACAGGCAAAAGAUCGCAGAUAAUCUAACGGCGAAUUUUAAUGCACCACAAGGAAGACCAAAUUUUGGUAAUCAACCUAUAUUACCAGAGCAAUAUGUGACACCAAGGAACAAUAAUAGUGCAAUAGAAUGUACUUGUAAUAAAGUAACCACACCACCUGCGAAUGAUACUUUAUUUCUUGAAGAUGUUAAUUACAACUUUAUGACAAUCCCUCACAAGUUAUGGUUCAUUCUCAAACGUGGCACCACACUGUAA